AUGGUGGAAGUCGUUUCUCAGAGAAUAACGAACGAAUUGACUCGGCUGUAUGCUGCUGUAAAUGAAGUAGCUAACAGGGCGGUUGUCACAUCUGAUGAUAUACAGUAUUUCAUAAACUGCCUGGAACAUUUUCACCGUCAUCUUCUUCGAUUAAGCGAAAGUGGUUUUGUAACAGCACAUUCCAUGAGGAUUUUGCAAGAUGCUCUUAGCGGCCUUCGAGACAGCGGAAUGCCUGAAGAUUUAAUUCCUGCACCGGGUUCGAACAUGCACCUGUAUCGAGAAAAACCCCUAGGGAGACCUAAAUACUUCCUUAGUAGGGAUCAGUUAGAAUUCUUGUUGUCUUUGGGAUUCAACAAGACCCAGUUGUCAGAAAUGCUCGGUAUGUCUGUGCGUACCAUUCAGCGUGGAAUGGCAGAGUACGGCUUGUCAAGCAAUAACUAUUCUGACCAUUCAGAAGAAGAACUGGAUCGUAUGGUGACAGAAAUUAAAGAGCAAUUUCCUCGAGCUGGAUAUCGACAGGUUCUUGCAAUUCUAAAAUCCCAUGGUGUUUUUGUGCGGGAACAUGAAUUAAGAGACAGCGUUCAACGAUGUGAUCCUUUGGAUACCUCCCUAAGAUAG